GCCCGACGAUGCUUAACUUCGCUGAGCAGACGGGAAGCGGUGCUGUCAUCGUGGUAUGGUCGUUCCUAUAAGCGAACUAAGUUUCUAGCACUAUGUACUUUUAGCUGUUCAUCUCUGCUUGAUUCGAUCAUUCCAUCUUCAUAGUCCGCAACGCAAAUAAAUGUUUGAAGCUCUUGGUCGUUGUGUUUUCAAUUCCUUCGCUCUCUGAUCCCAGUUUGUGCUCGGUUUUCUUUUAGGAAGACAAAGUAAGAACGUGUCGCCUCGGUUAUCCCUUCCCACGAUGUUUAUCGUUUGGCUACGGUAAAGGGAAACUGACAACGACAGUCCCUAAAACCUCGGAGCAGCCAGCAACAUGUCAACAACGAUCAACUGGCUGAUGUCGUGCUUAAUAGCCCCACAAAGUGGCCUUGACACAAACAAGUCCUCAACCGCCAAAUUGAUUUGGCGAUGACGUGCACCUCGUGACUCCGAAAGUCCUCGGAGUUGACGUUGACCAAUGAGAAUGCGUGGCACUUUCGCACGCACCUUGCAAGACGCAUCUGUUUGCCUCCAGUCCUCGCUGGCUGCUGCUGAAAAGCGUUCCACAACUGCAAUUGCGGAAGCUCUUGGGGUUGCAUCGCGUAGAGAACACUCCGUGUCAGGCCCUUUUGAUACUGGGGUUUACCGUACCGAUGGUUGGUUUGAUCGGGGAAAUUUGUGUAGAAACUGAUUGUUUCAAUAAUUGAUUUUCAUCAGAACAUGCCCUACCAGUACCGCGCCGGUGCCUACAGGUCAACAUUAAUAAUUUCAAACUUUUUUCUUUUAGUAUUUUGAUCCAAUUUCCAGUGAAAAAUCGGAUUUAUUAUUAUACUUGUGAAUCAAUCAGACGUACGGUAUUGACUAGUUUUGAUGCUGACACGACCAUGCAACAAUCCUUUCUCACAGAAAAAAAAACAUUUCGCUGACAACACACCCACUGCACUUUACGUGUUCCAAAACAACAUACAAACAACCCAUAGGAAACCAAGAUGAUGAUGAACACAGCCUCGGGAAUGAUAUGUCGUCGGCAGGUUGCCUGGAGGAGACCCCUGGUUCGUAUGAUAUCUAGCAGCAGCAACGAUACAACAGGUUUUGCCGCGACCAUCAACGGAAACGCGAACUCUUCUUUAAUCGGCGACGACUGCUGUACAUCUGAAUCCAUGGCAUCGUUUCGGUAUUCCCUUCCUCGAAAACAACGUGUCAAGGCGCCCCCUAUUCUGAAAGCAGGUUUCCAGCCAACGAGCAUUAGCAAGGACGGAGUCUUUGUCGGUUCGACCUUUUUGAUGAUGUCUCCUCAGACGCUUCCGGAAUUGGACGUGGCGCCCCUGUUGAACAAGACCCUCUUCACGCGUAAGGUGGGAACUUCCCUUCAUGGCAGUGACGCGGCGAUUCGUUUGUACAAGGCCAAGAACGAACUGAAGAACACUAUUCGUCAAGAACUCGUAGAAGGUCGUUUCCAGAGGGCCAAGAAGAUGUACAUUUUGAAGCGACAUGGCGUCCCCAACCAAUUACUGCAACAUCUCGUCACGGUCGCCGAUCGGUGGUUAGAGGAAAAGAACGCGCUGGAACUAUGGGUGGAUUCCAGCUCUCAGGGCAGUUUGUCUGUCUUUACAACGGAGGGGGCUUCGUGGAGGACGCUUUGGCCUCUCGAGUGGGACGACGAUGUCAAUCUUUACACGGCCGUCAUGAAGCGCAUGGUCUCACAUCUAGGUAGCAUGACACCGUUUUGCGAGGGAACUAGUGUCAUGCCCGGGGACCUGCAAUGGAAAAUAUCCAUCUCUAGACACAACAAAUUGCCACUGACGCUGUUGCCCAAUCAGAAUGGAGAAGUUUUGCCAGUGGUGGAAUGGGUUACGCCACAAUCCAAUCAAGAAGAAGAUGAAGAAACAUCAAAUUCAAGCAAGAUUGGAAAGAUUUUGAUACGUAUGCAGGGAGCUACCAACCCCAACAGCAGCGAUUACCUCAGACAGUCACAUGAUGUCUCGUUCACUUUUGAAGCAAAUUUUGAUACCUCGACGAGAGUCAUGACCAGCGAAAGCAGCUGUUAGGUCGUUUGCAACAAUCCGAGCUCAAAGAUGGCCAGGCCGCAAGCGAACCGAGGACUGGUUGAUACAUGAAUUUCAUGGCGGAGGAAUGGUUGUAACGAAACAAGACAGCAAUCCGCAUACAUCAAACGAACUACACGUACGUAUUCGUGCGGGCAGUCCUAUGUACUGCUCGCAAUAAUAUAUCGUUUUUCAUAACCACACCAACUUGCAACAAGCGAUGACAGCUAGCUAGCGAGCUCGUACCCAAGCCGAAGUGGAGCCCUUCAUUCAUUCGGCCAGUCGUUGCCACCACACAACUGAGCGAGGUGAGACGAGAUGGACUACCCGUAGUGGCAGAAAGAUGAUUGCCUGGCAAUAUAGAAACUAGUACUGUAGCGGCCUCCUCAUUCUUUGCGAGGGUACCAUGUUGCCUACUAGUACCGUAC